UUUACAUUUGGGCUACGCGAGACUAAAUAGACAACGUACAAGCUUGCACUUUUAUUUCUCCAUAUCCUCCAGCUAGCAGCAAUGGCUAAAAAGAUUCCUGAUGAUGAUGACCUGAGUAAAGACAUGCAUAAAAUUUCCUUAGAAGAUGAUACCAAAGGAAAAGGCAUAAAAAAGGAGGCUGUCGAAAAAGGGGCAGCUACAAAGUCCAAUGAAAUCACAGUUGUUACAUGGAAUAUCAAUCACGGUAGUUAUGAUAAGGAUAAAGGAACAUCUGGAUAUGGUGAUAUGCGUAGAGAGCUUAUUAGAUAUUACACUGACAGAAACCCUGGGCACUUAUACUGCAUACAAGAAGCAAGUGGUGUAUUUGAUGAAGAAAAUUUCUGCUAUUUAUGCCAAAAGAGUAAUCCUAGAGCCAAUAAGGAUGGAGCAGUAGUUUUUCAGAAAGAGAUGAAGCACACACCGCCACCAUUGAAAGAUGCCAAAUCAAAAUGUCACUAUGAUGAUGACGUUCGUCGCUUCUAUGGAGUCCAUUUCUCUAUCAAAGAUGGCGACAUAACACACAGUUUUACUCUAGUCUCGUACCAUGGGUAUCACAGUGGAAAGAAUAAUGAAAAUAAAAAGGUUGAAAUAGAAAAGUUUUUCAUCCAGAUGCUAGAGGUUGCUGAGAUCCAUAAGAUGACGAUCAUCAUUGGGGGAGAUUUUAACCUGGCAGUUGAAGAAUGGAGAGGAGAGGCUGAAAAGUUAGGUGCUGGUAGAAUCAAGGUUGCUGAUGCAUACAAAUCAGGAGAGCUGCGAAAAAUACAUGGAAAAUCGGCAGUCAUUGAUACAUUUGCAGUUGUAUAUCCUCCUGGAGAUAUACCACACACUCACUGUGAGAUGAAUACUCCUGUACCUGUCAAUCAAGAUGAAGCAGUAGAGCACAUUAAAGUAGAGGAGUUGACGCCAGAAAGAAUAAAAGAGCUCUACAAGAUAAUGGAUCACGAUGCUGUUACAGUAAAUGUUAAGCUCAUAACAGCUAAACAGGAGCCUAAAGGUCCAAAAUAGCCAACAAAAAUAUUCCUUGAAACUGACGAGAACAUAUUUUUAACACUUACGUGUAUAUUCGCUAUGCUAAAUAAGCCCCACUAUAUUUGCUAUUAGUUUUGUACGUUAUAUAUAUUGCAAAGUAUUUUGGCUUACCAGUUUUUUAAAUGAGAUUACUUUACUAUGA